AUGAUACAAGAAGCAGUGGUCAAUAUUCGCGAGCUGAAGCGCAUUUUUGCCGGGACCGAACAAGCAGUAGACGAUAUACCGUUGUCCAGAGAAGGUUACCGUGAAAAAACAUUUAAUUACAGUUGUGAGCUAAGGUUUCCAGUCAUCAAGUUAGGUGGAACGCAAAAGAGCUACUCAAUAAGUGAAGUUAGUCGACUGCAAGUCGUGAGCAAAACGGGCAAGUGCAAAAUAUAUGAGCUAUUUGUCUGCCGUGAUGAGCAACCACUGUGUCAGCAAUAUUGUGAAGCAUAUAGUUUAAGCUGA